UUCCAAAGCUUUCACUUCCACUUACUAGCUUUUUCCAAAGCUUUCAGCAAUAUCACACAGUUCAUCAGCAGUUGGUCAAACUAUUUCCAAACUCAAGAAUGAACUUUUUUAACUUUUAAAGAGGCACUUCACUGUUUUUUCACAUGUAGUUCAGUUUACCCAUCACGUGUAGCACUAUUCAACCUGUGAAAACUGUUGUACAAUGUCUUUUGUCGCUCUCUGGGGUACUUUCCAAAGUGAAAAAAAUUACGACAUACAUGUUAUCAGUUAUCUAUAUAUCUCUAUCAUCUCUAUUUUUAAACAGGAAUCAGGAAACCUGCAGUAUAAACUGGAGGUGAGGGGUUUAAAAGAAGUGGGUAUUUAGGGGGCAGAGAGGAUCUAAUAAAAGACACUAUAGCGUUGCAUUAUGGGAAAUGUAGGAUCAAGUGUUUUGGAGCUUGUGUGUUGGCCUUAAUGGGCAGGGUAUCAGCCUCUACAGCAUCAGUUUUGACUUUUAAUCUGUCUUGUGUGUGUUCCCCCAACUUUAUGAUAGUGCGUUACCAAAUAGCUGGAGUGCCCCUUUAAGCCAGCUGAAAUGCAGCCUAAAAGUAGCCUGUGGAAUCACAACAGCAACUGCCCAAACAUUAUGUCUAUCUCCAUGACAACCAAGCAAACUGACAAACUGAGGAAAAAUGAAUGAUACAGUUGAAAGCUAUGCAAAAAGCUAUUAAGUUGACUUGGAUAGUUUUGUCAUACUACUAGCUAUAUCCAAGAUGCUCAUAAACUGGAUUCAGAAUUGAUUUAUCUUUUUUUAAAUUAGUUUCUUGUGCACUAACUGUCAAAAUGGUGCCCUGUCAACACUAGUACACAGCGUACACUUGAUAGAGUUAGUAUGGAAUUGGGUCACAGUGUUUGCUCUUUAAUUUUUGGCAUACAGCAGUGAGGAGCGGCAAGGAGCGGCGUGGAGCGGUGAGGAGCGGCGGGGAACGGUUAAGAGUAGUAAGGAGCGGUGAGGAGCGGUGAGGAGCUGUAAGGAGCGAUGUGGAGCGUUGAGGAGCGGCGAGGAGCGGCGUCGCUGUGGGUGUCGUGUGGGAGGAGUUUAAGUAAGAUGGCUGCGGGAGAGGGAAGAGUAUUUGAGAAAUCAUCAAAUGGGAUGUUUAUCUCUCGCUAACAGGAUGCACAGCAGCCCGAAUGAAGGAGUGGUUAAUGUUUUAGCUUGCCCGACUCAGUAUUGUCUAGCUCGCCAGUUGUCUUCGGAUAACUUGAGCGCUGUCCAUCCGUUAACUGCUCUGACAUUGUGGAAUUCAUUAGCAGCUAGUCGUUAGCAACCCACCAGCGCUAACUUACUAGCAACCAGCUAGCAGGUACCCGUGGAAAUCAGCACCUCGCAGCAACUGUUGAGACUCCUACAUAUAUAUAAGAGCACAGAGUGCCCGUCCUGACUGGCUAUGGGGUGGUGUUGGCUUCAGACUGGAUGACAGGGUCUACAGGGAGGACAGGGUUACACAGUUUCUAAAGCAGCAGCGGGCUUUUCCUAAACGUACACUGAGCGGCAGUGACAGCCGACCUCCUUCUCUCCGUGUGGAUACACUCUCCCUCCCCGUUCUCCCCCCUCCUCUCCUCCCCCGUCUCCCCAUCUCCCCCUCCUCCCCGCAUCAUCUUUUCCUUUUCUUCCCUUUUUAAUUUCUUUUUGUCUUCCGUCGCCUCUGACCGUUCUGACGGAGCUCCCUUUUCCUCACCUCUUGAGUUCUUGUGACCUUUGACCUGCCUCCCACCGCGCUCCAGUAUGAGCUGGCUGAGCAGGUUGAACCCGCGGGGUCCCGGGAGUCGGUCCAGUCGGAGCGCUACCCCCUCCAGCCCCUGCACCGCUGACCCGGAGACCUGCCUCAUGGUGUUCGAGAACCACUGGAGACAGGUCUCCUGGGUGUUGGAGCAGCACGAGCCGUCCUCCUCCAGCGAUGACCUGACAGCGGUGAGGAAUCACACCGAUCAGAUGUUAUGUCUGCUGGCGGAAGAACGGCCCGCCGAGGGCUCGGAGGGCGCUGCCAACGUGACACCCAUGGGCCCCAUACUGGAGAUGGUGGUCACUGAGAAUAUUCUGGAGUGCGUGGUUCAGUGGCACCUCCGCCGCGGCCUGGACCCAGACAGCCAGGGGGCUCUGCUCAAGCUGUUUGAAAUGCUCAUCGGUCAGUCCCAGCAGCCCCUGCUGCAGCACACAGCCGUCCUCCAUCCCCUGCUGAGGCUGCUGGGAGCAUGUGCCGACCCAGAACUCGGUUGUCCUUCAGCCCUAGAAAACAGCUUGGUACUGCUGCUUAAUCAGGUCUGUGUGUCCAUGGCCCGGCAGCCGGUGGUUUUAGAGAUGCUGUUCCGAGCAGCACCGGCCCAGCAGGGCUCCACCAAUCUGCUGAUCUUCUCCCUCCUCGUGCCGUUCAUCCACCGGGACGGAGCCAUCGGACAGCAGGCCAGAGACGCACUGCUGCUGGUCAUGGCGGCCUCGGCCAGCCAUGAGGCGGUGGCACGCUACAUCGCUGAGAACUCCUACUUCUGCCCGGUGUUGGCCACAGGCCUCAGCGCCCUCUACUCCUCUCUGCCCAGGAAGAUUGAGGUUCGAGGUGACGACUGGCACGCCCUGCGGCGGGAGGACUGGAUGGGCGUGUCGUCACUCGUGCUGUUCAUGAACUCGCUUGAGUUCUGCAAUGCUGUGGUGCAGGUCUCUCAUCCCCUGGUCCGCUCCCAGCUUCUGGACUACCUCCACAACGGCUUCCUUGUACCCGUCAUGGGUCCCGCCCUGCACAAGUCAUCUGUGGAUGAGAUGAUCGCUAGCACCGCGUACCUGGACCUUUUCCUGCGGAGCGUGACGGAGACAUCCCUCCUCAAAACCUUCCUGCGCUUCAUCCUGCUGCAUCGCCACGACAACGAUACCAUCCUGGACACACUUCUCACACGCAUCAGCAGUAAUUCAAGGCUCUGCAUGGUAUCAUUGAGCCUCUUCAGGACUCUUCUCUCCCUGAACUGCGAAGACAUCAUGCUGCAGCUUGUUCUCAGGUAUCUGCUGCCCUGUACCCAUGUAAUGCUGAGUCAGCGUCGUGCCAUCAGGGAGACUGACAUGUAUGGAAAGUCAGCAGACAAGUUCCUGGCACUGAUCCCAGAGUGUUGCCGGCUGAGUGCAGUGCCCUCUGCUGAGCGGGACGAGGACUCUGCAUUCUGGGGCAAAGUGCUGAACAGCCCCAGCACAGAGUCUCCAGCCCCGCCCAGACCCAGCACACCGUCCCGCUUAGCCUUCUUCAUUCGCCAACAGAGUAGUGGGGGCGGAUCAGGAGGAGGGGGUCCCUCUACCCCGACCAGCGUGGAGCCGCCGCAGCAGGGUCCUCCCAGCCCUCACCCAAUGUCCCCUGAUAGCCCGAUGCACCAGCAGCAGGCCCACACAGAGUGUCUGGACUGGGACUCGGGCUACCUAGAGUACCUCAAAGAUGCCCGGCGAGGCAUCGAGCUUUGCUCCUGGGCCUGCCGUGACUGGUCGGCGCCUUACGACGGAGAAAACCCCUCCCCGAACGCGGCCCCUCCACCCCCGCCUCCUGCUACCUCCACUCCUUCCAUAGCAAUGGUCCCUGAGCACUUCUCUUUCCAGCAAGGAGGAACCAGUAACACAUCUCCAGGUCAGCAGAGGGCAGCCAUCGUGGCGGCGGCACGGUCCGAAUGGAGCAGCUCAGAGCGGGACAGUGGAGAGUGGGACGUCACCAUCGGCAAAAACAACUGCAUCAGCCUCACGCCACGCUCCAAGAAACGCAGCCUGCAGAGAGAGGAGCUCCUGCCAAAACCCGUGCCUCCUCUCGUCCCUUCCUCCUCGUCUUCAGCCGCCCCUUUAUCGACCUCCCACCCCACCUCGUCCCCGGCUCCUCACAUUCCAACCUCUGCCAUCACUGUUAGUUACCAGGCCAUGUACAACGGGACGAUGGGGUCGGGGGAUGGCUGCUCAGACAGUCGGGAUAGAGGACUGGAGGUAAAGAAAGUGAAGAGAGACUUGGGCGAGCAGCAGUAUUUGGAUGAAAAUGCAAAUCAAAACGGAUCCCUGGUCACAUGCCCCUCCCAAAGCUGCACUGCUCUCCCACAGUCAAUAUUUAGCAACAGUGACAUGAAUGAUGCAAAAUCUCUCUGCCCUAAGCAGAUUCCCUCUCCGAGCUCCAUCACACAGCCAAUGUCGGACACCAAGCUGCUGACCAGCGACACCUCAAACCCGCACAGCGCAUCCUCAGAUCUUCCAGAAGCCAACCAGACACAACAAUCUGUAGAGAGUCUUAUUGAGGAGCUGCUGGAGCAAGCACCAGGAGAUCCACAGCUCCCAGCAGACUCCAACGGCCAGGGCAUCAGCAUCGAGGCCUUCAGCCAGGAGCUGAGGGAGCUGGAGGACCGGGUGAGAGAACGCAACAGAGCAGCCUGCCAGCAGGAGGAAAGCACCAGAGUGUCCCUGACCGCUGAGCGGCAGGAGGAGGAACAACAGCUGCCCUCGGGCCUGGAGGUGAAGCUGACCAGUGACGUUAAGGGAGAUAGUUCUGUAGUGAGCAUCUGCAGUCCCCCCAGACUUCUCAAUCAGCCUGCCUCUCAGCCAUACACAGGUCCGUUCAUGGUGGUUCUGUUUGCCAAGCUGGAAAACAUGCUCCAAAACUCGCUGUACGUCAACAUCCUGCUGACAGGCAUCGUAGCCCAGCUGGCCUGCUAUCCUCAGCCCCUCCUACGCUCCUUCCUGCUCAACACCAACAUGGUCUUCCAGCCCAGUGUCAAGUCACUGAUCCAGGUUCUAGGUUCUGUGAAGAACCGUAUCGAGGCGUUUGCAGCCUCCCAUGAGGACUUCCCUGCCAUGCUGAAGAAAGCCCAACAGUACCUGGUGGCCCGAGGCAAAGUGGACUGGACCGACUCGCCUGCUGUCCCCACCCUGCGGCGCUCUGAUUCACUGGUGAAGAGUCGUAAGCCAUCUCUCGGAGACCUUAUCCUUCGUCACACCAACAGCCCGACCCGGGCUCGACACGCCGCUCAGCUGGCCCUGGCACACGUACGGGACGGCGGCCAAUCCCUGCACAGCGCUCUGUUCCGCGGAGGUGGAGGCGCAUCCGGCCUGGAGAAGCAAGCUGAGGCGCUUCGGGUGAAGAACGCCGUCUACUGCGCCGUUAUCUUCUGUGAGUUCCUCAAGGAGCUAGCUGCAUUGGCUCAAGAGCACGCUGUCACUCUACCCUUCCCUCACAGCCAGGAGCCAGAGGAAUAGACGUAAACAUUAGACUCCUCAGUUCAGCUCUUAGCCCCCCGUUUCUUUUUUGUUUCAGCUGUAAACAGAGUUAUAAAGGAUUCUCUAAUGGCCAGAGGACAGACUGGAGCACUGAGACUUUUCUGUCGCUGAAGUGUUUGUCUGCUACGACAGACAAAAGCAAGAUGAACGCAGUGGCAUUUUUGUACCAAAAUCAUUAUAGGAUACCUAUAGGACUGGAGAGAUUUUACUCAUCUGUAAACUUUAAUGAUAUUGUGCAUAUCAUGUAUUAUAUUUACAUUCUAUACACAGAAAAUCUCAGUAGAUAGCUUGAGAUUUGGGAUCUUGUAUAUACACGUACCAUGGUACCAUAUUCAUGGUAAAAAAGCGACAAAGUAAAGCCACAGAUAAAAGAAAUAGGUGCACAUACUGGUGCUAGUCGAUACUCUUAGGUUUUAAGUUGAAAGGGUGCUUUCAGGCGGCACAGCAGAGGAGGUUUUAUCCUCAACAAACUCACGACAGACACCAAAAAUAGUUUGGCAUUUAAAGCGUAGGCUAGUUAGCUCAAUCAGCUUCGGCCAUCUCUGUACGAUAAGCUCAUCUUGCUUUCGUCACAGAGGUUUUUUCAUCCUCAAUCAAGAACUGGCCGAUUUUAGAGAAAAGCGCACAGAAAAAGGGGCCGCGAUGCUUGUAAAGACUGGUCAUCAAAGAACGAGAUGGAAAAACUGGAAAAACCGGAGAGGGAGAGCGCCACUUCCACUCCUGUAUAUCAACACGACCAACACAAAUGUACUGGGAAAAAAAACAUUUCAAGUAAUUCAUGCCAUUUUUUUUUUUUUUUUAUAUAUAUUUUAUUUUGUGUGUUUUCUGCAAUCGCACCGUUUUCUAGACAUAUCAGCAACAUGUGGGAGCAGGUGUGUCUGUCGUCGUGUAUUUUUUUUUUUGUUUGUUUUUAAAGAACGGCUCCUUUCCAUCAGGAAGCCGUUCACCUGUUGCCAUAAAGAGGAUGUGAGAUUGAAAAAGGCAACACUGCUUUACAAUGUGUGUCAUUUAGUAUUUUUAAGAAACACUAAGAGAAGGGAAAGAUUUGUUUUUUUGUUUUUUUUUAGGGAGCGUUGGCAUGAUUUCCAUUCCCUUUAAAGUGACAGCUGAAAAAACUCCUGAUGAGGCAUUCACUGACUUUUCUUUAAACUGAUCUGUCUGUUCAGCUGGGAGCUAAAAAAAAAGAAGCUUUUAAGAUGCCAUUUCAAUUUUCCCAUUUUUUUUUUGUUGUUUUCCCUACCUUCAAGGUUUUGUCUCUGUCUGGUGAGACAGGCCAACCUGAACACACGACUGUUCAUCUCGGAACUUAACAUGCUGCUAUUUUUUAACACUAACACCCAUUUUUAAUAGCUACGAUCUCUUCAUUUGAUAGGUACCGAGUAUAAAUGUGUAUGCGAGCAUGUGGAGGAACUGGUGCCAGCGUCGUGGUCGGCAUUUAAUUUAUUUUUCGUGUCUGAGGUUGAAUGAAGGUGCAGCCACACAGUGUUAAAAAGCUUUCGGCAGGACAGGAGUAUUCACUUUAUUCAACUCUCGUCUUUCUUCCUCAACAUGAAGCAUCCUUUAGAAGCUUUGCAUCGGUAGUAGUUAGUUUUGUAUGACAGCUAUGCUUUAUAUUACAGGUAUGUCAAUUCUUAAUCAUUCCUGAUCGUUUCCCAGUUCUUUUUCAGAAACUCAUCCAGGAAACUGAAUGAUUAGGAAACGACUGACCUGUAAAAUAAAGCUGAUGACUGCAUUUUAAAUCCACCUGCCUAUGACCCAGCUUUUUUGUGAAAUAAUGAGGUUUUUUGCACAUACUAGCCAUUCUCUCUCAACUUUUUAGCAGUAGAGAAACUGCCUGCCAUCCUCAAAAGUCUUACAUCUGAAAACUGAAAUCGACCCAUAUGAACAUGCCAUCUUUUUUUUUUUUUUUCCUUUUUUUUGUUUCCAAGUGUUUUGACUCUCUCAACAAGUUGAGGUCUUCCCAACUUGUCAAAGCCAUAGCCAUGGUGGUCAUCUUUGUAAAUGUUCUCCAUCACUGCUGUAACUCACUUUUCUAUGGAAUUUCUACACAUUUUCUAACACCCCACUGUUUGUUUUUUAAGCACCAUUUGAAGAUUUUUUUUUUUUUUUGCAUGCCAGUUAAAGCCAGGUGUUUAAUUAAAUGUAGUGUAGGGUAAGUUUUAUUGGUUUGUGCAACAGUGCCAAGCUCAAAUUAGCUUCCAUGCAGUAGCGUUUAGUGAGUCAUCGGGCUGCCUGCAGAGAUCAGCGGCGGCUGAACGUUUGCUCUCGGCUGAUUUUAAAUCGGUACAGUAGAAAAAUCUUCUGUAUUUUACCCACUGCCAUCCGUCCGUCCAUCUGUUCACCUAGUCUACAGUACAUCCAUGUGUUCGGAACAAGAUUAACAUUUAACCUUGAUUCCCUUUUUUCCCUUGCACAGAGGAAAAAAAAGGCAGAGGGCCUUACUCCUCACUUUUACUGUCAAGAUUGUUUUUAUUAGAAGUUCUGUUGAAGUCAACGUUCAGCUUCUUCUUCAGUUACUACACAGGUCGGACAUUGUAACUAAGCAGUUUCAUACAUCAGUCAGUUAUCUGUAUUUCUGUGAUACGUCGGUAGACACCAAAGACAAUCUCUCUGAAUACCUGAAACUCCCAGUUUCUCUGUUUUAAGCAAUCAUAGACAGCUUAAAGUUACACAAUCUGAACACUGGAACAAACCUGAUUUAGAAAGCACUUUUUAACUGUUGAAAAUGCAACAAACACAAAAAAGGUGCCAAUACCUGGUUUAAUUCUGUUACAGUAAAAGUGAAAUGGCCAAACACGACAAAAUGUAUUUUUUAUCACCCUCCCUCUACAAUUUUAUAGGAAAAUGUUAAGGAUAAGACAGAAGAUAUUAUAAUACCACUGCUCUCAGCAGGUAAAUUGCCCAGUAAUGUUGCUGUGACAUAGUUAAAUAAUAGAACCAAUGGCCAGACCUACAACAGUAAGAUAAGGGUGAGGUGUGUUGCUGAGGCUCAGCCCUGAUGACAAAAAGGGAGUAACUCAGUGUUAGCAUUGGUCCUGUGCUACUGAUUUUGUUUUUCUGAUUUUGGGGUUGUAGCCCAUGCACACUCAUUGCUUUUUAAAGAAAUACUUGCUUGUAUUUCAUUUUUAAGACUACAAAGAUGUUGAUGUGACAAAGUUUGUAACGGGGUGAUUUUAUAAGGCAUUAUUAUCCUGCCAGAGACUUUGAUCUCCUCCUGCACUUGUCAGACUCACAGUAAGCAGAGCUGGGCAGCGCUGAUAUGCAAACAUGUAACUGGCAAAUGUAAUGAAGGCUUCAUGUUUAUUGCGACGGAUUAUCAAGUUUUAUCAACGUUGGUUUUUCAUAUUUGAACGGCAGCAAAUGGCUUCCUCUGCUGGUGGAAAAGUGAACCCUCCAACUGUAGAAACCAGUUAGAAUCAUGGUGACAGACAGACAAACACCAUUACUGAUCAUUUCAAUUUACUUUUGGGAAAUAAAAGUGUUUAGUUUUAGACCAAGCAGCUACUACGACUGAAUGCUGAAGCCGAUGCUUCUAAUGGCCACUAGAAACCUCACUGUAAUGAAGUGACUGAGAAAACCAAAUUCCAACCAAAAACUCUCUUAGAAAUAGUUAGAUGUAUAAUCUGUUCACAGUAACCAGUCAGGGCCUCAAAAAUAUAUCAAGGCCAAGCGUCUUGGCCUAUCACAGUCAGCCGUGGCGGUUGCUGUUCCCCUGUCCCACCUCAGCUCUACUCAGCUCUACUCUAUUUGAUAAAACGUUGAUUUCCAGACUUUAACCGACAAAGAGAGCAGCGAGCAGUAAACCCAAAGCUAAGCUUCACAAAAUAAUGUGUAAUGUGUCACAGAUUUGCUGUUUUUUUUUUUUUGUUGUUGUUGUUGUUGUUGUGUGUUUUAGGCAGAUGUUUGAACACUACAACUGAUCUAAUAGAAUCCUUCAGAUGAACAUUCACAUGUUGUGAGUAUAUUCAAGGGUACACGCAUUUCACACAGCAAGCCAAAGCGGUUAACCAUCACUGACUUUCACUUGAAUUUUGGAUGUUGGAACGCCCCGACACAACACGAAAUCAAACACAACUCAUGAGAUUUCACUUCACAGUUUCAGUUGCAGGUAUAAACGGUUAGACAGUUUAUCUCUUCCAAUCAUUUCGACUGUAUGAAUGCUACAACUCAAACCGUUAUGGCUGUUUUAUUUUGAAAACCUGAAGGACUCUGGUUAGAAUUUGCUCUUGCAGUCGAUUCCUUUCCACAUUAUGUACACUUUGUGCCAUGUUUGAUGUAGAUUUGUGUCAUGUGUUGAUUUGUAAUGCUUAUCACGGGAUGUACAGUAUGUACAGCAUCUUCUCUUUUUUUUUUUUCUCUCUCUCUUUCUUUGAAAAGCUUUGACUUUUCCCUCUGACAUUUCUCCCCUGCGAUCUAUGCAAAACAUGCUCUGGUGUCCCCUGUUUGAAGCAGACGAGAUGACGUGGACUGGUGUAAUGUGUAAAUACUGUAAAAAAAAAAAAAAAAAAGCAAUGGGUCAAAAAUGCAGAGGUAUGUGACAUAACCAACAGGACAGAAUGAAAAUCAUGCUCAAGUAAUGUAACGAUGAAUGUUGUCAGAAAUAUUUUUCUAUAUUUUGAAAUCAUUAGGAAAAAAAAGGACAAAAAUACAAUGUGGGGAAAAAGCUGUCAGAAGAACACUACAAAGGGAAUGUUUUUAUUAAUUUAUAAAUUCUUUGCCUAGCAAUA